AAGAGCUGUUCUUCUGGCAGUGGGAGAGCCGGAAAGCUUAUGCUGCUCCUCUGCAGCGGGUGUGCACGGCCUUCCCUGCUGAGGAUGGCAAGUACAACCACGUGAAGCUGCAUCAUGGCUACACCAACGUCGUGGGUCUGGGGGAUUCCAGCACCUGGAAGCUGCCUUUCCUCAACCGCUAUGUCUACAUGUUCCUUGCGCCCCUCUUGAUCCCCAUCUUAACCCCACUGGUGGCUCUUGAGCGGCUAAGCAAAAUGGAACUGCGGCUGGCCCUGAGGUCGCUAGGCCUGAUUUCCCUGGGCCUUUAUUCUCAGUACUGGCUGUUCCUGAACGUGUCAGGCUUCACAAGCCGCAGCUCCGCCCUGGCCUGCAUGCUGCUCACCAGAUCACUGCUGGCCCACCCGUACCUGCACGUCAACAUCUUCCAGCACCUCGGGCUGCCCAUGUUCGCCCCGGACAAGAAGCCCAGCCGGAUUUACAUGAUGAGCCUGGGUGUCCUCAACCUGCCCCGGCUGCCGGUGCUGGACUGGGCGUUCGGACACUCGCUCAUCAGCUGCCACGUGGAGCACCACCUGUUCCCCCGGCUCUCGGACAACAUGUGCCUCAAGGUGAAGCCCUUGGUGUCCCAGUUCCUCCGGGAGAAACAGCUGCCGUACAAUGAAGACUCCUACCUGGCUCGGUUGAGACUCUUCCUCAGUCACUACGAGGAGUUCAUGGUGCACGCUCCACCCAUCACUGAGCUGGUGGGGAUGCAGUGAGGGUCCAGCCCUGGCCCAGCUGGGGACCUGCAGCAGGGAGGCCUUGGGCAGUGGACACGCCUGGUAUCCUGGAGGUCACCUUGCCCUGUUUAUGUUUCUGGGAUUCUAGGGUUGUGUGGGGCAAGGGGUAUGGUUGCUCGGUAUCCCUGAUAAUCUAGGCCUCAGCUGGAGCUCAGGAUCCCUCCUGUUACUGUGCCAGGGUAGGUUAGGGGUGGUGGUGACAGAUGGGGAGAUGGGAUCCUGUGCCCUCAUCACCUGGGAGAUGGAAGGGAGUGCUGAAAGAAGGGUCAGCCUCCUUGGCCUGGGCCUCCCUGGUGCCUGAGAGCCACACACUAGCUUAGCCAUGACUUCUUCUGUAUCCUCUGAGGCUCUGCCCCCACCCCUUCCCCAGACAGCACAGGGCAUUGUCACUUUUGGCAAGUGUCCCCUAGUUUCUCAAUCACUGGUGCCUGUGUAAUACCGGGUCUUGCCAUCUCCAAAGUCCGCAGUAGCAGUGAGAUAAAAGGGAAUAGUUUUGUGGGGAAUGGGAGAGGAGCAAGUGCCUCAGGGACAGUUCAAGGAAGAGCAUUGGGAGCUUUGAACAUGACCUUGGUUAACUCCAGAAAAAUCUUUUCCAUAAUGUUUAGAAGCAGUGAACCUUGGAGAGAAAAUUACUGGGAGGAAGCUGAGGCUGGGGGAGGUUAUGGGAAUCUGGGGCCCAGAAGGUCUUCGAUGGAAAUUAAGGGAGGAGGCUGGGGUGAGAACGUGAAUCAAAGAGUUGGACUUGGCCAUGCAAGGAUGGUUUGAUGCCAGACACCACGGUGUCACAAUGAGAUCUGGCCCAUAGUAGGAGGAGUUGAAAGAGGCUGGGAGCAGCCCUCGACAGAGCUGGACUCCCAAGGGUACAGGACAAGGAAUGGCCGAGGUGGAAGCUGAAGCAGACAGAGGCCUGUGACAGGAAGCCAGAGAAUUCCUUGCCUCAACACUGUGGACAGUUUGUCUAGAUAAAUCAUUGUUGGCCCUCCUGUGCAUUCUGGGAUUCAGGUGUGUGUAUGCUAGUACUGGGGCUUGAACUCAGGGCUGGGGUACUGUCCCUUUGCUUUUUAGUUUAAAACUGGUGCUCUACCAGUGCC